UCCGGCUAUGGCCACUUGUAUAACAACCGUUAUGCCGGAGACAAAGUUAUACGAAUCAUUCCUCGGUGCGAUAAAGAAGUAAAUGAAGUAAAGAAUAUGUGCAGUCAGCUACAGGUAGAUCUGUGGCAGCCCAGCAGUUUUGGCAACAUCUUAAAUAACACCGUCACCGAUGUUCACCUAUCCAAUACCAGUUCUGAGGCUCUGCUAACAUACCUGAGGCGAGCCAACGUCGAGCACAGUAUUCUAUUACAAGAUUUGCAGAAUGUGAUUGAAAAACAGAAUCAUUCCAAAUCUAAAAGGAAACGUAGAUCAUUGCCAAAAUAUGAUUAUGAAGAUUAUCAUCCCCUUGAAGAGAUUGUAAAGUGGAUGCAUCACAUGAAUAAAACUCAUUCCAACCUCGUUCAUAUGUUUUCCUUGGGAACAUCCUAUGAGGGAAGACCAUUGUAUGUACUCAAGUUGGGAGCCAAGCCAUUUUCCACUAAGAAGUCCUCUAAGAGAGAAGUGUGGAUAGACUGUGGAAUUCAUGCGAGAGAAUGGAUUGGACCGGCAUUUUGUCAGUGGUUUGUAAAGGAGGCUGUUAAUACCUAUAAAACUGAUCCAAUUAUGAAAAAAAUCCUGGACCUUCUCUAUGUCUAUGUGAUGCCAGUACUCAAUGUAGAUGGAUAUAAGUAUAGUUGGACUCACGAUCGUUUUUGGAGAAAAACAAGGUCUAAAAUGAGAUUCAACUGCUAUGGAGUAGAUGCUAACAGGAACUGGAAAGUAAAAUUUUGCCAGGAAGGUGCUUCGUUUAAUCCAUGUGACAGUACCUAUUGUGGACCGUAUGCUGAGUCCGAGCCAGAAGUAAAGGCCGUUGCUCAAUUUAUUCAGAAAAGGAGAAAAUUUAUUAAAAUUUACAUAUCGUUCCAUGCUUACGCUCAAAUGGUACUCUAUCCUUACUCAUACCAAUAUGAUGCCAUUCCAAACUACGUGUGUGUGGAGAAAGCAGCACAUAAAGCCGUCCAAGCCAUAAAUUCUGCUUAUGGGAUAAGUUACAGACAUGGUCCUGCAUCCACUACUUUAUAUUUGAGUUCGGGCAGCUCCAUGGACUGGGCCUACAAUAUUGGCAUCCCAUAUGCCUUUGCAUUUGAACUUCGUGACACUGGAUAUUAUGGAUUUCUUCUACCCGAGGGUCUGAUCCGGCCAACUUGUAUAGAAACAAUGCUAGCUGUUAAAAACAUUACUAUGCAUUUGCUGAGGAAAUGCCGCUAG